AUGAAAUACGAAAUUAGGCUUAAAACAGUAUUGUGUAUCCUAGUGGUUCUUUCUUAUCUAGUAGAUAGUUUAAAUGCGACUUCUGAGACAGAUUGUCAUCCUAAUAAGGCCCAUGAUAAUAAUAAUGCUGCAGAUGGUGAGACUGAAGAUACUAAUGUAAAACCAAGGUUUGAGUACAAGGACAUAAAACUUGCCAACAAGCUCAAAACAGUUUUGAUAUCUUCGGCCCAACAUAAAUUCAUUGGAUUCUCCUUGGCUAUUGGUGUAGGCAUAGCUCACGCCCCAUCUGAAUUUCCAGAGAUAGUCCAUCUAAUUGCAGCUGUGAUACAAAAACAUAGCUUCGCUUCUUCUGAUGUGCCUAAAGAUAGUCUCUUAUCAUAUAGGUAUUGUAUUGACCGGUUCAUGAGACGUUUGGGUGGCUGGUUCAAUGUGUCCAUUCGUCGCGAAAGAACAGUAAUGACACUGGUUGCGCCUGAAAGUAUGUUUGAAUUGGCCAUAAAUAAGUUUGUCCGACUAUUUAGGGAACAUUCCAUUGGGGCUAAAGGCUGGACUGCAGAAGAAAUAGAUGCUCAACGGGACCUAUUGCUUAAACAGUUUGGCUAUACAGUCAAAAGAAUGCCUUAUCAGGAGGAGGUUCUGGUGGACCAUCUAACUUCUCAAGAGAUAUUAUACAAUCGACCAAAAGACAAAUAUGCUACUAGACUUAAGGAUAGUGUUCCUUUGAAGCAUCUUGAGGCGUUUUGGCAGCGGUAUUUCCAAACUAACAAUAUGCACUUGACAUUGUUUGGUUAUAAUGGACUUGAUCAGUUAGGUAGGUUGGCUAGGAAGUACUUUGCCGGUCCUUUUGAGGUUGGGAAGACGGCUUGUCCAGCGGCUUGGUGCGUCUAUGACUUGGUUGAAGGUAAGGCCAAGAAUCCAUUGAUAUCAUACACGAGGCAUGGCUUAUACGAGACAAUAUCUAGUAAUACGAUUGUGCUUUACCGACUGGAAAGUAAUGUUAGUAUGGAAACAGAAAAGCUUGUGGUCCACAUUCCCUUGCCCUCUUCUUUCUAUACUAGCACUGAAUCUAUGUUUGCCUAUAUAGCUAAUCUCUUUAAUCACAGUAAUAUAAUGAUUGGCUUAAAUAAUGACCUUAUCACUUAUCAGGUGUCUUACCAAGAGUGCCGGGUUGUAUUGCAACGAGCAGCUACUGUUUUGAGAAUUGAGACCUACUUCUCAGCUAUUGUUAGUAGUGUUGAUCAAAUUAAGAAAGUUUGUGAUAUAAUCUAUCAAAAGUUCAUGUUAGCUGCUCGUUAUUGUACAGCUAAUAACUAUUAUGAGUUUCAGAAGACACGUAUUAUUGACAUACCAGUUAACAAAGAAAAUAUCCCAUCUGCCCAGUUGCUUGAAAAAGUUGCCUUUGGUUAUCCUUGGUACACCUUGUAUGAAGUUCUAAAUGGUUGUUCGUCGAAACCACAUAAUAUCACCCAAGAAGACCUAAAGAGAACAAUGGGCAUGGUUGUGCAGGUGUGGAGUUGGCUCGUUAUGUUCCAAACUAUUACUCCACUCCCUUCGAAUUAUAAGCAUCUGGAUAUUCCCUACUGCUCAAUUUCUUAUGCCGUUCUCCCGUACACCUGCGAUCUUGAAUUCACUCCACAAUCUCAACUUGCAAUUGACCAACUCAAGGACGUGGUUCCAAAUGACGCACUAACUCAGAACUCAAUAGUUGAUAUCGCUGUCUCACGAGAGGAAAAAGCUACUACAAACCAACUUGGAAGCAUACCGAUUAAUGUUGUUCCGUAUAUCCAUCUCGACCUGUAUAAGGAAGGUCGGAAACAAAUGACAUUUACGAAGGAGCAAAAUGGUGUUACGGCUUGCCUGGUCUAUAGUACCAGCUGUAUAUCUAGUCUUUCUCAAGUUGAAAUCAUCUUAGAAUCCCCAGAGUUUGAUAAAAAUCUAGAUAGCUUUGUUCAUAUCCGUCUCUUAAUGGAACUCUUCCGUAAGCACUUUAACACGUCAUUUACGAUCGAAUUGACCCUAUCGCGAUGCCAGAUCAAAGACAUCUACCAUAGGCCGCGCCAGAUUAUAGUUGUUUUCUCUGGUGUUCCUACUCUCAUCCAUCAUAUGAUCGACCUGUUCUUGCGCCAGUUAUGCCAAUUCAGUAUAGCUAAUGCUGGUAUAAGUUUGGAACAACUUAAAGAGUCUUUGAGGGGUAUAAUUGCCGAACAUACUGCUACGCCCUCUUCAAAUCUAUGUGAAGAGUUUGGGGUGUUUAAGUCUAUUGGAAAUUACGACUUUGAUGUUAUUGCGAAUGGUAAUUGCGUUGUUAACCCAGACUUGAAUUACUCUUUCCCUUCUAAGGACCUUUGCAUUUCAAUGCUGGCAUUUGGCAACAAUACUAGGAAUGAGUUUGACGCAAUGGUAGAUAUGCUUCAAGAGUAUAGUAUUCCAAAUGUGGAUGCCGAUGCUUCUAAGGUCAAGAUGCGCCAACACGAAGUGUACAUGGAAGUUCAGAAGGAAACGAAAGAUGCUGCUAUCUUUGCUCACAACGUACGGAAAUUCCCAUAUCUCAAGAAUAUUGCUAUAGCUUGCAUAAUCAAGGCAAGAGGCCAUACCAUUCACAAAGUGUGGUUAGGCGGUCCCUUCCCUAAGAAUACAACAACACGAGUAGGCCUUUGGGUUCGUCCUAGCAAUAAAGUCUAUCUGUAUUUCCGAAUAAGCAAUAUCAAAAAGUCGGAUGAAGAUAAGGUGCGGCAAAUGCAGGUCAAAUGGUUGGGUGUGUUUUAUAAAGACUUAUUCACUGUUACUUCGGAGCAAUUUGAAAUGGAUAGAGAACGAGCAUUGCAAAUGCUUACAAUUCAGUUCAAUCGUCGUCUAUGCUGCGUUCAGCCUGAGAACUACCUCAACCCUAUAUUCCAAGAUUGGUCCAACGAUUAUAUCUCUAAAUUCGCACGCCUGGAGGAAGAGAUCAAAAAGGUCACCGUGGAGAUGUUAAAGGACUAUCUCAAGAAUUCUAUUGAAAACUGGAGGGUGUGCUUUACCACUAAAACAAAGAUCCUCCCGCCCCCCAUGACCUAUUCCUCAAGUAUUACGGCAAUGUUGAAAGAUAUAGCAUCAACGCCAUCUGCACCUCAGCCCGACGACAAGGAUGAAGACACACCAUCACUAAACGCCCUGUCACUUAAACAAUCUAAAUCAAACGAACUUAACGCAGAUCCUAAGCGUGACUGGCCAUUCAUACCCAACGAGCAAAGCAAGCGUAAACCGAACACGCGAUCAUCCCAAAACAAUCGCUCUAAUUCGAAUAACCAACGAUCUCAAUCGUCCCAAAACAACCGCUCUAAUUCGAAUAGCCAACGAUCUCAACCACCCCAAAGCAAUUACUCUAAUUCGAAUAGCCAACGAUCUCAACCGUCUCAAUCAAACAAUUAUAAUUCGACUAACCAACGAUCUCAAUCGACCCAAACAACCCCUUCUAAUCUGAAUGCUUCUUCUGCACAACCACAGCCUAAUGCGAAUAAUCAAUGCGCCCAACCUAAUCAACCACAUGAUUUGGCUAAUCAACCACCCCACUCUAACCAAGUUUCUUAUGACUCCCAAACAGACCAAGUCAGUCUACGCCCGCAGUAUGGUCAAUCUAAACUAAAGGAACUAAGUCUUGAAGACCAACCUCGCCGGUCGAUUAACCCUGAUAGUAGCUACUCAAACACUCUGCGCCAACAAAAUAGCCGAUCUAACUCUCGCCGGCACAAACCAUAUUCUAAACGCCAUUCAUAA